AAGAAGAGAGAGAUUGCAGUCUCCAUGUUCCAGCUGCCCAUCUUGAAUUUCAGCCCCCAGCAGGUCGCGGGGGUCUGCGAGACGCUCGAGGAGAGCGGCGACGUGGAGAGGCUCGGCCGCUUCCUCUGGUCACUCCCGGUGGCGCCGUCCGCCUGCGAAGUCCUCGGGAAGAACGAGUCUUCUGUCCUGCGCGCGCGGGCGGUCGUGGCCUUUCACGCGGGAAACUUCCGCGAGCUCUACCACGUACUAGAGAACCACAAAUUCACAAAGGACUCACACGCUAAGCUGCAGGCGCUCUGGCUCGAGGCGCACUACCAGGAGGCUGAGAAACUUCGUGGGCGUCCCUUAGGACCCGUGGACAAGUACCGCGUCCGAAAGAAGUUUCCACUGCCUCGGACGAUAUGGGACGGCGAACAGAAAACGCACUGCUUCAAGGAGAGGACGCGGCAUCUCUUGAGAGAGUGGUACCUGCAGGACCCUUACCCGAACCCGAGCAAAAAAAGAGAGCUGGCGCAGGCGACUGGACUCACACCCACACAAGUGGGCAACUGGUUUAAAAACCGGAGGCAGAGAGACCGAGCGGCAGCGGCCAAGAACAGGCUACAGCAGCAGGUUCUGUCCGGUGACUCGGUCCGAUCGCUGGGGGAUGAUGACACCACAGUGGACCGCCUGGGUCCCGCCUCAAGCCCAGAAGUCAGUCUCUCGAGCAAGGCCGCCACCUCCGCCAUCUCCAUCACCUCCAGCGACAGUGAAUGUGACAUCUAACGUGACAGGCUUCAAAAGAGCAAACAGGAGAACUGUAAGAGACAAUCUAACAACAACAAAACUUUAGUGCCUGCAACCGGCCCAGAGAGAGGCUAAAAUGAAGGAUGGAAAAAAGCGUCACAAUUUCAUUUUCCAUUCGUUGAUGUGAUCAACAAAAUGCGCAGUGCUUCUCAUGAAGACAGUUUUCGAAAAAAUCUUCUGAGGACCGAACCUAUUGUUGUAUGUUUGCGUGCUUUAUCAUCAAAAGACUGAAUAAUGUUUUAAUGUUCACUUGUCUUUUUUAAUAUAUAAACGAUGUUUAUU